AUGGAGCGUCCCAGUGUAACCUCAGUGGUCCUGCUGGCCUGCGGUUCCUUCAACCCCAUCACCAACAUGCACCUGAGGAUGUUUGAACUGGCUCGAGAUCAUCUGGAAGACAAAGGUCAGUACAAAGUGGUGAGAGGCAUCAUCUCUCCUGUGGGCUAUAAAAAGGAGGGCUUGAUUGAGGCCUCCCAUCGUCGGGAAAUGGCCAGAUUGGCCACAGAGAACUCCGACUGGAUCACCCUAGGUUCUUGGGAGAGCUCGCAGCCUAAGUGUGUGGAGAGAGUUGAAGUGCUUCGGCAUCACUAUGAGAAAGAGCUCAAGACACAGCAGAACCGCGUUGAGAUGGACUUUUCUGAAGCUUCAUCUCAUCAGAAUAGGAGAGAGGUCUCUCGGGUGAUGUUGCUGUGUGGGACUGACGUCCUGGAGUCCUUUGAGGUCCGCAAUCUGUGGAAGCAGGAGCACAUCGAUGAGAUCGCGGGCAGCUAUGGUUGGGUCGCUAUCGCUCGCACUGGCUUCAAACCAAACAAGUUCAAGUCGGACUUUCAGUGGAAGUAUCGCAGAAGCAUCCACCUUGUCCAUGAGUGGGUGGCAAACGAUACCUCCUGCACUGGAGACGUGCGCCUGGCGCUUCGUCGAGGUCAGAGCGUCAGGUACCUGCUGCCAGACGCUGUUGUGACCUACAUUCAACAGAAUGACCUCUAUAUUGCAUAG